UUCAAGAUUAAUGGAGUACAUAUUUGUAAAUGGUUAGAUUACCAAAACUAUAAUACCAAACUACAUAUUUAGGAUAGUUUGGCUGAAUGGAAAAAAAUGAGGCAAGGGCAUUUCAGUCAUUCAACAAUCAUGCUUAGACUGUCAAUUACUGCAAUAAUCAAUCAAGAUUAUUGUCUAAACAUUGUCUCACUGUCAUCUCACUCCACCUUCAAUAUAAAACAUCCUUAUUCACCUCUCUCUAGUUUUUUCGUGAUCAUAUUUCUCUCUCUAAAACGUCGACAUUCAACUACAGCGCCUGCGAGCUCAGAUUUUCUCUGCUGGUUUUUAAUUCCCUCUCAUAUUCGACCGUUUCCUUUUUCUGAGCUGCUCACAAAUGGCUUGAAACUCGCAUUUUCGGUGUUUUUCUGAAAAUUAGGUGGCUAUUUUCUAGGGUUUUCCAUCUAUCAUCUAUGACGAACAGCAAUAAGUUUGUGCUGUGGUCGGCUCUCGGUUUUCUGUGGGUGGUAUUUGUGAUCGAUGUAGUUUCAGCAGCUGAUUACUUGCCGACAGAUAAGAUCUUCUUGAACUGUGGAGGGCCUCCUGAUUCUGCGGAUACCGAUGGCCGGAAAUGGACAUCAGAUAUUGGGUCAAAGUUUGCCCUUUCAACCACCAAAUCCUCAACUGCAACCGCAUCUGUGCAGAAGCCAUCGGUGCCGGAGGUUCCUUACAUGUCUGCUCGAAUUUUUCAAUCCGAGUUCACCUACAGUUUCCCAGUGGCAUCCGGUCGGAAGUUCCUGCGUUUGCAUUUCUAUCCUGCAUCAUAUAAUGGUCUAAAUGCUUCAGAUGCUAUCUUCUCAGUAACUUCUGGAGAAUUUACCCUAAUGAGGAACUUUAGUGCUGCUCUGACGACGGAGGCUCUGAACUACGACUAUAUGAUGAAGGAGUUCUCUGUGAAUGUCCCAGAUGAAGUGUUGAAUGUCACGUUCACCCCAUCCCCGAAUGCAACCAACUCGUAUGCAUUCAUCAAUGGGAUUGAGGUCAUUUCACAUCCCGAUAUUUACAGCACAGAUGGGACUGAGGUUGUCGUUGGUCAGUCCACAGGGUUCGAUAUCAACAACAGCACAGCGCUGGAGAAUGUUUAUCGGCUGAAUGUGGGUGGAAAUGACAUUUCCUCAUCUGGUGAUACAGGUCUGUUCAGAUCGUGGCGUGAUGAUUCAGUUUAUAUAUUUGGUGCAGCAAAUGGGGUUACAGAGGUCCCUGAUGAUAACACGACGAUUGCUUACCCUCCGGGGACCCCAAGCUACAUUGCCCCUCUUGAUGUAUACAGUACCCUGAGAUCAAUGGGUCCAAAUGCAUCUAUCAACCAGCAGUACAACCUAACUUGGCUCUUCAAUAUCGAUUCUGGCUUCUCUUACCUUGUUAGGCUCCACUUCUGCGAAGUCACAGAUAUCAUAACCAAGACAAAUCAAAGAGUUUUUAGUAUCUACCUAAAUAAUCAGACUGCAGAGCAGCAGGCAGAUGUGAUUGCUUGGGCGGGGGGUGGUAAUGGAAUCCCCGUACACAAGGACUAUAUUGUCUUUGUUCCUAAUGGGCCUCCCAAGCAAGAUCUUUGGCUUGCGUUGCAUCCUUACAUUCAACUGAAGCCCCAAUACUAUGAUGCCAUCUUGAAUGGAGUCGAAAUAUUUAAGAUAAAUGAUACAACUGGUAGUCUUGCCGGUGUCAACCCAGAACCUAAUCGACAAACACCAGAUGAGUUAUCGGAUAACAAGUCUUCUGGAUCUGGUAAAGAUAAGAAAGGUAUUAUUGGAGGAGCAGUUGGUGGUGGAAUUGCUGCAGUUCUUGUUCUUGGUCUGAUUGUCUGUGUAGUUGCCCAACGCCGGAGGCAGAAGAAGGAUUCUAGCACUAGCGAUGGCUGGCUUCCGUUGUCCUUGUAUGGAAAUUCUCAUUCUUCAGGUUCUGCAAAGACAACCACAGGCAGUUACACCUCCUCCCUGCCAUCAAAUCUCUGCCGCCACUUUUCAAUUGCUGAGAUCAAGGCUGCCACUCACAACUUUGAUGAGGCUCUUCUUCUUGGGGUUGGAGGUUUUGGAAAAGUCUAUCGUGGAGAGAUUGACAGUGGCACGAAGGUGGCAAUUAAGCGUGGGAACCCGCUCUCAGAACAAGGUAUUCAUGAAUUCCAAACUGAGAUCGAAAUGCUCUCAAAGCUUCGCCACCGUCACCUAGUUUCUCUCAUUGGGUACUGUGAAGAGAACUGUGAAAUGAUCCUUGUAUAUGAUUACAUGGCUUAUGGAACUCUUCGCGAGCAUCUAUACAAGACCCAGAAGCCCCCCUUGCCAUGGAAGCAGAGGCUCGAGAUCUGCAUAGGUGCUGCUCGUGGCUUGCACUAUCUGCACACUGGCGCUAAACAUACAAUCAUUCACCGUGAUGUCAAGACAACUAACAUCCUCUUGGAUGAGAAGUGGGUGGCUAAGGUCUCGGAUUUUGGUCUGUCAAAAACUGGCCCGUCACUGGACCAUACCCACGUCAGCACCGUGGUUAAGGGCAGCUUCGGUUAUCUGGAUCCUGAGUACUUCAGGCGUCAACAACUGACCGAAAAAUCUGAUGUUUACUCAUACGGAGUCGUUCUGUUUGAAAUCAUAUGCGCUCGCCCGGCUCUAAACCCUGCACUCCCCAAAGAACAAGUCAGCUUGGCCGAGUGGGCUCAGCAUUGUUACAAGAAAGGCAUCCUCGACCAGAUAACGGAUCCCUACCUAAAGGGAAAGAUAGCUCCAGAGUGCUUCAAGAAAUUUGCUGAGACAGCAGUGAAGUGCGUGUCUGACAUUGGAACGGACCGGCCUUCCAUGGGCGACGUCCUGUGGAACCUUGAGUUCGCGCUGCAGCUGCAGGAGAGUGCAGAGGAAAGUGGGAAGGGUCUUGGGGAGAUAGAUGUUGAAUCAUACGACGUUACGUGUAAGGGGAAGAAGGACCCUGAUUCAUCCUCGGGUUUUGAUGGCAACAUCACGGAUUCGAAGAGCAGCGGAUUGUCGAUGAGCAUUGGUGGCCGCAGCCUUGCUAGUGAAGACUCAGACGGGCUAACUCCGAGUGCCGUAUUUUCUCAGAUAAUGAAUCCGAAAGGGAGGUGAUAAAAGCAACCAACCCGUUUACCUAUGGAAUUUUACUGUGCUGUUAGUACUAUUAACCGCGGGAAGAGGUUUAUUGAUUUAUAAUUUUUUUUGCUUGUAUCUUAUUUUUUUUCUAUUUUUAACUUGAAUAUUUAUUUAUAUAUCGUGUAUCUGUUUGAACCCAAAACAUUUUACCAGCCUUAUCCAUACUGAAAGAUUGUGUAACAA